GGGUGGGAGGGGGAACCCCAAAGUUUGUAAUAACACACAGUGUGGAGGAGACGCUGGCGAUGAGGUCGGAGCCUCCUCUUGCCCGGAGUGGAGCUGAGGCCGGCAAAGUGGCGGCGGAGCGCAAUGGUUACGUGAGGGACUGUGUGAGCGCUCUGGGCCGGGAUCAGGGCUACCCAGCGUGGGCUAGGUUACUGCCGUCCGCCGCUUGCCUGGGCUCCCUCUCCCUGGUGCUGGCCGCCUUCCUGAGGUGGGGAGACGGGGAGGAGGAGAGCGCCUCACCGCCUCUACCUUCCCUGUCUCCCCCUUCCUCUGCCUCUCCACCGUCCGGGUUGCUGACCCUCCUGCACUGCGUGUUGCCCCUGUUCAGCCUCCUGAGCGCUUUCUUCUGGCUCGGCUUGUACCUGAUCCGCUGCGGCCGGGGCGAGCUGGCCCCUCGGCUGCUAGCCGCCUGCUGCUUGGGCGAGACGCUGCUGCAAGCCGCCUCGCUGCUGGGCGACGAGGAAGAGCAGCUCAUGUCAGCCCCGGCCAGCGCCGUGUUACUCGGUUGUCUAGCCGCCGCUACCCUCCUCCUGCUCCGGGUCGGUCAGGGUAUCGGUACCAUCAUCUUCACCAGCCUCCUGAGGACAGUCUCUCUCCUCUCCCUGGACGGGGUCCGAGCUAGCUGGAGACCCUUCCUCGCUUACUUCAUGGGCAUCCUGGGUGUCCUCCUGGCCCGCUACGCCGUGCACAUCUUGCCCGGCACCCCGCCUGGGAUCGAGGAGAAGAUCCCAGUGAUCAAGAGGAGGAGGAGAUCCAGUUCAGUCAUCGCCGCCGAGGUUUCAAACACUCAGCUGGGUUCCAAACCCCCCAGGAGAACAUCCCUCCCGUGCAUUCAGAGGGAACAGAUCCUGUCGCACUCUGAAUGGGAUCAUAAGCGUGGCUACAGAGGAUCACAGUCUACAGGCACCAGUGUCACUGUUGAUAUCGCUGUGAUGGGUGAGGCCCAUGGACUAAUUACAGACCUUCUGGCUGAUCCUUCUCUGCCUCCCAAUGUCAGUACCUCCUUGAGGGCUGUCAGCAACCUCCUCAGCACACAACUGACCUUCCAGCCCAUCCACAAGCCCAGAAUAAAUCCAUUAGUGUCAUUCAGCGAGUCCUACGCUGGUUCUGACUCCGAAGAAUGCCCGGGAGAGAAGCUCGCAAUCCCAAAGCGACUGAGGAGAAGUCUUCCUCCAGGACUAUUGAGAAGGAUUUCAUCUACAUGGACAACUACAACUUCCGCUACUGGCCUGCCCACCAUGGAGCCUGGGCCUGUCAGGAGAGACCGCAGCGGGAGUGUUAAGCCAUCUCACGAAGUCCCAUCAGGCAGUUCUUUUAAUACAGAGUCUUGGAACAACAGUUGCUCUCCCUCAGUUCUGAUGACCAUUGCCAAAAGCAGAUCAUUCUCAGCCUCCUAUGCUGUUGCCACAAAUAAUCACGUAAACGCUAAAAGGCAAUUGCGGCAAGGUUACUCUUCAAACAUCACACCUCUCAACUCUCCGUGCCAUUCACCGAUCCAGGGGACUCCAGCCGGUAGUCCCACGAGCAAAACCUCAGCUGUUGAAUUUCCAGACACAGCAGAUAUCCUGACUAAGCCAGGCCGGAACCCACAUAAGCCCUUAACGUACACGCAGAGUGCACCAGAUGUCACAGGGCAAUACAGGAGUAGCUGCAUGGUGUGUAGCAGCUGUGGCCGACCGUUCAGUAAACUGACACACUCGGACAGCAUAGCGGAUCGAGUUGAUGCACCAGCCCACUCACUAAGCAGGACUGAGGACGCUGCACAAGCGACAUCUGACUAUGACAGCACCCAUGAAACAAAUAACAGCGACAGCAGUGACAUCACACAGAAUGAUGAAGAGCAGGAAUCAUGUUCAAAAGGAUUGGUUCAAUCCCUCAAAAGUUCUGACUGCAGAAACUAUAGGCCCGAAAGCCUUAUGUUGCAUCAUUUGAUUCCAGCUGAGGAUAAACCAAUUCUUGCCCCGGAACCCCUGCUAUUAGAAGGCCUGGAGCCACUAUUUACACAAUUAAACAACUGGAAUUUUCCCAUCUUUGAUCUUGUCGAGAUGACGGGCUCCAAGUGUGGCCGAAUCCUCAGCCAGGUGGCAUUCAGACUGUUUGAAGACACUGGACUUUUUGAGAUAUUUAAAAUCCCAUUAAGGGAAUUCAUGAACUAUUUUCAUGCAUUAGAAAAUGGAUACAGAGACAUCCCCUAUCAUAAUCGCAUACAUGCCACUGAUGUGUUACAUGCAGUCUGGUACCUCACCACGCAGCCAGUCCCAGGACUUCAGACGGCAAUGAAUGAUCAUGGCUCAAUGAGUGAUUCAGAUUCAGACAGUGGGAUCACACAUGGACACAUGGGAUAUGCCGUAUCGAAAACGUACAAUGAGACAGAGAACAGAUAUGGUUGUGUUAUUGCCAAUGUUCCUGCCUUGGAGUUGAUGGCCCUCUAUGUUGCUGCAGCUAUGCAUGAUUAUGACCACCCUGGAAGAACCAAUGCCUUUCUAGUGGCAACAAGUGCACCACAGGCUGUUCUAUAUAAUGACCGCUCAGUAUUGGAGAACCACCACGCUGCAUCAGCAUGGAACCUUUUCAUGUCACAACAGGAUUACAACUUUUUGAUCAACUUGGACCACGUUGAAUUCAAGAGAUUCCGAUUUCUUGUGAUUGAAGCCAUACUAGCCACAGAUCUUAAGAAACAUUUUGACUUCCUUGCUGAGUUCAAUGCCAAGGUGAACGAAGAGGUCGGACCUGGUAUUGACUGGGCAAAUGAAAACGAUCGCUUGCUAGUUUGUCAAAUGUGCAUUAAGCUCGCUGAUAUCAAUGGGCCGGCCAAAUGCAAGGAGCUGCAUUUAAAAUGGACUGAAGGCAUCGUUAAUGAGUUUUACGAGCAGGGUGAUGAAGAGUCAAGCCUCGGGCUUCCCAUCAGCCCGUUUAUGGACCGUUCAGCCCCUCAGCUGGCCAAACUUCAGGAAUCCUUCAUUACACACAUUGUGGGUCCACUGUGUAACUCCUAUAACUCAGCAGGGCUAAUACCCGGGAGAUGGAUGGAGGAUAGUGAUGAAGACGAGGAGGAAGAGGAGGACGACGAUGAUGCUGAAACAACAGAGGAGGAAGGCACAGAAACAUUGGAAACAAGACGAACGGUAGAGGCACGUAGGAAGCGAAGAAAAGUCUUCUGCCAGAUUACACAGCACCUGAUGGAAAACCACGAAAUGUGGAAAAAGGUAAUUGAGGAGGAACAGAGGAAAGCAGAGCUCGAACAGCAAGACCAGUCCUCCCUGCACCAAAGCUCAGAGACAAUCCAAGCCAUUACUGAGGAAGAGGAGGACAAGGACGAGAAGAAUAAUGAAGAAUCAGAAGGGACGUCAGAGAUACAAACCGGUUCGACUCCAGACACGACCAAUGAGACAUUAGAAGAUGAUAAAAAUGACUGAAUUGUGCAUCAAUUUUUUUUUUAUUCUGUUCCAGCACAAUACUUUGACACAAUACUGUAGAUGUUUAGGACAAUGUGCCUACAGCUGUGAUGGUGUAAAGUUGCUAUGAAGAAGAACGAGACUAAAUAAAUGUCACCAGGGAAGCUUCUGAAUUGCACCACUGGCUGAAAUAGACUUUGAACACUCAAUGGUUACCCAGUAGGACUAUGGUGUACUUCUUCAUUGACAUAUCUUGUUUAACAAUGCUUGAUACCUACAUGUGUAAAAGGAAACACACUGACUUGUUGUCCGACCAUGGUGGCCAUCAAAAUGAAGGAAGACGUACUUCUGAAGCAAGUACGUUGCAGAAAAUGUGGUACUCAGUCUGUAGCUUUUGCUCUAUUUUGAGUGAAAGUUGAAAGCUUUAUCAAGAGUUCUGACAUGGCCUGCCAAUACCUUUUGUGUACAUAACCUUGUAGCUCACCAGCUUUGUAUAAGCGAUCUCUGUGUAGCUGUAGUACUUGUACAUUGCGAAAGUGGACAUGAACAAAUGUUUUAGAAAAAGACUGGCGGACAUAUGGAGGGCCAUUUCACUUUAUAAAAGGUACAUGCUACAAGCCAAACUCCUAGUUGAGGAUUUAUAUCCAUUUUGAAUAUUUUUAUUGUUUAUUUACAUUUCAAUGAUAAUUACGUGCAAAAGAUAACAGUUUAUUGUAGAUAUAAAGAACAUUUUCUAUUGGCUUCUGUAAAUAGCAAACUCUCAAACCAAUUUUGUGAUUUUGUAAAGAUGGUUAUGAAAAUGUCACACUUAAAAAAAAAAAAUUCUUAUUGUA